AUGAUCUUUUGUGAUAUUUCAACUGGUGAUAUAAGACCACACAUUCCUAAAGACUUUCGUUGGAGUAUUUUUCAGACUUUUCAUGGUUUAGACCUCAUCAAGAAGAGAUUCGUAUGGAAAUCCAUGACCAAAGACAUAAAGCUUUGGUGCAAGACUUGCCUCUCAUGCCAAAAAUCUAAAGUUGGACGUCAUACGAAAUCCCCUCUAGGAGAAUAUGAACUUCCUAAUGCCAGAUUUUCGCAUGUUCAUAUAGACAUUGUGGGUCCUCUACCACCGUCAAGAGAUUACAGGUACAUACUUACAUGUAUUGACCUUUUUUAUAGGUGGCCUGAAGCAUUUCCAAUGCAGAAUCAGACAGCUGACACAGUUGCAGAAACGUUCUUUGCUGGUUGGAUAGCCAGAUUUGGUGUUCCGGAGACUCUCACAACUGAUCAAGGUCGUCAGUUUGAAUCUGAACGUUUUUCUUCCUUGACUAAGUUUUUGGGAACACAGAAAACCAGGACGUUAGCUUAUAAUCCAAAGUGUAAUGGAGCUAUAGAAAGGUUCCAUAGAAGCCUGAAAAAUGCAAUUAAAUGCCACCUAACUGAGUGCUGGAUGGAAGUUUUACCAACAGUUUUGUUGGGCAUUCGCUCAAGUUUAAAGGAAGAUAUUGAUUGUACACCAGUUGAAAUGGUGUAUGGUUGUUCGAUACGCCUUCCAGGUGAAUUUUUUCGCAACUCUUUUUCUAAACCUGUAACAUCUCAUUCUGAUUUUUUACAGAAACUUCGUGAAAAAAUGAGAGACUUGCGCCCUGUUCCUCUGAAUACUCGUGGUGCCACUCGUCCAAUCUUCAUCAGUAAAGAUCUGCAGUCUUGUAGCCACGUUUUUGUCAGGAUAGACAGUGUCCGACGUCCCUUGGAACAGGUUAUUGCUAAACUUCAAGAUGCCCUCAUCACCAUUCAAACUUGGUGCACAGAGUGGAAAAUGGCUAUUUCACCCUCAAAAAGUGCAACUAUUAAUUUCUCUAACAAACGUCUGUCACCUACGAUUCAGUUAACAAUUUUUAACGAACGAAUUCCCCAAGUUAAUUCCAUCAAAAUUCUCGGCAUCCAUUACACUGCAAACAUUUCUUUCCUCGGUCAUUUUCAAUACCUAAAAAAGAAAUGUUUAAAAAAAAUUAAUGCACUCCGCUGCAUCUCUAGCACUCAGUGGGGGUCUCGAACCUACCACCUCAUUCAGAUUGUAAAUGCCACAAUCAGAAGUAUCUUAGAGUAUGGCAGCCCAAUCCUCUUCUCUGCGCCAAAAUCACAUCUCCGAGUAAUUGAAACAAUCUACAACUCUAGCCUCCGCGCAGCAACGGGCCUCCCACGAUGGACUCCAAUUCAUAUCCUCCACAGAGAAGCCGGCACUACCUCAAUCUCACACAGACUUGUUUUAGCAGCUAAAAAAUUCUACCUCCGUCACUGUUCCCUUGGCUCUCACUCCCCAAUAAAUCGCCUUUUGCAUAAAUUCCAUUUUACUAGACUUAAAAAGAAACCCCACCUUUUCCUCAAAUUUCAGGACAUCUUCAGCCAAAAAGGCAUAAGUAAAUUCAAUAUCAUCCCCUUCCACAUUCCAGUUUUCCUCACAGAUCUCCCGAACCUCUGUCUUUUUGUACACGAUCUUCCUUUUCAAACUACGAAAAAUCCCAACGAAAUCCUCCCUCUCUAUCAGGAAACCCUCCACACCCUUUGGAAAGACUUUGUCAUCCUGGCUACCGAUGCCUCAAAAUCCAGUACGAACACAGGUAUUGCGGCUAUUAACUCAAGGAACAACAUGUCUUAUAUCUCUCAAAUCCAUCCUAUUAACUCAGUUUUCACCGGAGAAGUUUUAGCGAUUUGGUUAGCAGUCACAAAAUUCACUACCGAGUAUCUAGAUUACGUUAUUUUAUCGGACAGUAAGUCCGCAAUCACUGCCCUCAUCUCAGCCACCCAUAAAUCCCCUCACAGCAUCCUCCUCUUACAAAACAAGAUAGUUUCAGCAAGUGCAAAAGUGAAAUCAAUCACGAUCGCCUGGACACCAGCACACGUUGGCAUCCCCCCCAAUGAAACCGCUGAUAAGCUGGCCAAACACGCCACCAAUGCCCCUCGAGCCAUCCCUUUUAUCUCACCUGAAGACUUGUCAUAUUCAGCAGUUUUAGACUCAAACCGCGAAUUCAGUAACCUCCGGACUAAUUCAAAAUACCACAAGCGUUUCCCCUUUGAUCACCCUGUUAAUAAAACUUCCCUCAAUCAACUCCCAAACCGAAAAUACGAUAUCUUAAUCUCGCGUCUCCGAAGCAACACAAUCCAACUUAACGAAAUUUAUGCAAAAAUAGGGCCCGUAGACUCCCCUUUGUGCGACCAUUGUCAACUUCCAGAAUCUGCUAUCCACCUCCUCUUUGAAUGCAAAAAGUUCGAGCAUCAGAGACAAACACUGCGCGCCUCAAUCGGAGUUUUUCCACUCUCCCUUCACCGUCUUCUUAGUUAUAACCAAUACGAUAAUCUUCUCAAAAAUUUAGUGGAUUUUGUAAUUUCAACUAAGCGUUUCUAGCCUCCAGUUUUCAAA